ACACGUUGCUGUAGUAACGUGGAGCGUCUGUGUGUAAAUGAAGCUGGGCCAGUUGGGCUGACACACUGCAGUUUAGGUGCUCUCAGGAACUUAGACGUGCGUAUCCGGUUCUAACAGUGUCUAAAACUAGAUAAAUCGUACCGCAAAAAGGUUCAGGAAAUGGACAACUGUGAUUUAGAAAAGCUGUCUCUCUCUGUGGGGAUACUGCAACCGGAUUUUUCACCAAAAGUUACAAACUACAAAGUGGCAGUGGACAGUAGUGUCACUAAAGUGAUUCUGGACCUGGCUACCAGCGACUGUGGCGCCUCAUACAGUAUUCGUUUUGGAGAUGGAUCCAGUACAAUUAAACUCAGUGACGGGUUAAACAAAGUGGACAUCGAGGUGGUAGCAGAAGAUGGGACCAUACAGAUAUACUGUGUGGAAAUCUCAAAGAUGUCAGCAAAGAUUGCAGAACUGAGUAAUCUAACCUUGGAAGGAGACUUUCUACUUCAACCCACUUUUAGUACCAAAAUCUAUGAGUACAAUUGUACGGUUCCGUUUCACUGUAAAGCAGUGACCCUGCUUCCCAAAAUGCCAGAUAAAAACAUAAAGGUUGGAGUGAAUGGACAAGACAGUUCACAACCAGUUCCCCUGAAUUUUGGAGACACUGUGGUUGAAAUAUCAGUCUGUUCAGCAGAUGGCAGCAAUUCACAGGUGUAUACAGUGCUGGUGACUCGAGAGUUAAUUCCCAUGGCCGUGACCUUCACUGAUGAGAAGCAGCAGCUGGACUUUGAAUGUCCAGUAUCUCUUAGUGCUUUUUAUAGGCCUGUCUCUGUUAACCACAGUAACCCCAAGCACAUCUUCUCAAGGCCAUAUAUUGAGAUGUUGGCUCGAAGAUCAAAAGUUGACCCUCUUAGCAAUUGUCCAAUGAGAGAUCCUUGGAAGGUUAUUGAACUGGAUCUAGACAGUCAGAUGUCGGCUGCUCAUGUCAAGUGCUUCUUCACUUAUCGAGGAUGUGACACUGUGAUGAAACUGUCUGAGCUAGGAUCACACUUACUGGACUGUCCCCACAAACCCACAGGGGACCUGAAUGCAAAGGAUGUUACAGAGACAAACUGGUAUAAGGAACACUUUGCAUCAUCCAGUUGCUUGGAAAUACAGACCAAACACAUCAUGGAGGUUCGUAACUGGGAGAAGAGACUGAAAAUCACAGCUGCUGCGACAGACAAUGUGGAUAAGCUGUGUACUUUGGCCCAGAACCACCUGAGGGAUUACCAGCAGCACCUGCCAAAACCAGGAGAAAUGUUGCAGUAUCAAGACAACAAGUCUCCUCUACAUAGCCUGGAGCAGGCUGCUAUCCACUAUGCGUCAGCUAUCACACUCAACUCCAAAGACCCCAGACUUCACUUUCUGCUGGGUCUUGUUCUGGAGGAACAUCACUAUGCAACAGAGAUGUAUGGCCUACAGAAGAAGGAUGACAAAGAGAGUAAUGAAUUCAGUGAUGCCAAGUCAACAGCACGUCAGGAUGACAUCCUAGCUGUGUGUAAACUCCAUGGUUUCACCGGUACACCCACUGUGGAAAACCAGCUACAGGCCUUGGAUAAAGAGUAUCAGCAGCUGAAGGAACAGGGGCAGUCCCGCAAAGCAGACUAUGUUCAGACACUGUACCUCUGGCUGGGGCAGAAGGCUGCUAAGGAUAAUAGUGUUGCCUCGCGAGAUGAGGGGAACCGUGUCCACCAGGCCCUUAUGAAGUACCUGGAUGCCUGGUCUCUGAGUCCAGACUGUUGGGAGUACAACCUACAUGCAGGAAGACUUCUACUGCUGCAGGGAAAGAGCAGGGAAGCCCUGCAGCAUCUCCAAACUGGCCUGGCACUGCGGCCCCUGCAUCCUGCACUCCGGUUCUUUACAGGUCUGGCUCUGCUGCAGCAGGAAAAGAAAACCUCUAAGGACGCAGAGAAGGAGGCUGCUCUGUUCUUACAGCAAGGACUGGAGCACUUUAUCAGCCAGCACUGCAGCAGGAGCUGCACUGAGCAGGAUCCGUCAGACCCUCUGUCUAGCAUCAACACACAGUUCCUGCGGGGCCUCCUCAUUCUAGGCCAACUCCAACAGAAAAAUAUUCUACAAGGAAAGUCCAUGAGUGCUGAGCAGGUCUAUCACACUGUUGCAGUGCUGGCUGCCCAGAGUGUGAGUCAAUGUGUGUGUCGUGGUGAGGCGAGCUGUCAGCUGGAGUGGGUGCUGCUGGAUGCUCACUUUGCUCUGCUGCAGAGGCUGAUCCAGCAGGGUAAGUGUCAAGCCAAGGCUGGCACUGAGAGGAAACCCCUGGUGGCAAAAAGGUGCCAGGCCCUCACCGCUCUCAUACGGCUUACCUCUAUCGCCCCCUGUCAGGAGCUGUUAGACAUGCAGGAGAAGGCGUGUCGGCUAGCAGUGGUCACCACGCCUCGGGACAGCUACGCCCUGUGUCUGCUGGGUCUUGCACAGUUGGCUCAGUAUGACAGCAACUCAAAGUCAAGCAGGACAAAGAUGGCCUUAGCUGAUGCCUGUCUUAGCUUCCAGGCCAGCAUCGAACUUGAAAACAAGACUCAGUGGGGGGAGCCACCACAUCAACUAAGCAAACAGAAGUGGUGGCAAGACAAAGAGGAGGUUGAAAAAGAGAAAGCUGCUAAGAAUGCCACCACCCAGCCAGGGGCAGUGAAGGCGCCGUCCAACACCAACACCAGUGGAAGAGCAGAAGGAGGAGCCAAGCGAGUCAGGGCCCAGCCCAGCCAAAGGCCCGUGGCAGCAACUGUCACUAAAGCUCCUGCCUCCGUCAGAGGAGGGAAAACUGCACAGGCUCCAGCCAAAAACCCUUCAGCCAGGGGGAAAGCUGGAGCAGUGGCAAAACCUUCCAACAACAGUACUAAGCCCCAGCCCUCUGCCAGCAAGUCUAAACAGGAGUGCAACACCAACACUGUUGACACAGCAGUGGAGCCUGCUGUGGUGGACAGCAUCAGUGUUUCCGGCCCGGUGAACCCCAGGUCUCACAUCUCCCGGCUGGGUCUGGCCCGAGCCCUCUCCCGAUCUGCAAAAACCCAGGACCAUGCAAAGCAGCUCUACCAAGAGGUCAUCUCCAUGGCACCAGAGGCCCAUGAUGCCUACAUUGAGCUUGUGCAGCUGCUGGAGCCAUCAGACCCUCAGGCUGCUUUGCAGGUUUACUGCAGGUUCCCACUGAAGCCGGCAGCUGACCAAAGCUUCGAUGAUGCCUUCAUCACAGGAGAGAUCGUUCGCAUACUGAUGACGCUGGAGCUGUAUGAUCACCCAGAGCUGGGUCCUAGCCUUGUGGCAUAUGGCAAAGUCAUGGGCCUAAGUUGCAUUGAGAAGUACAUCGAUAUCUUAGAUGAGAAGUCCAUGACCAAGAUGCUUCGGAGUGUCUAUGCAAGGAUUCAUGACAAAGCAGAGGACGAUCCAGAUCUACAGGACUUCUUCAGGUUUAAGUGCUGGAUAUGACUCAACUUUUAAACCUCAGUUUCGAAACCAAAUGACCCUCUGGUCAUGGAAGUGAACACUUCAUCUGACAAAUCCUAAUGUUACUAAAACAUUACACAUUAUACACAUCUGUUUAUCCAAAUACUUUUAAUCUGAAGACACAACGUUCUCAAUAAAAAUGUCUUAUUAAAAAUUACAACAGAAAUAACAACAGACAAGUAUGAAGUUCAACAAUUUUCACCCACAAUGCAAAACCUACAGGUGUUAAGUUUCAGUACGCUUCUGACCAAAAUGGAAGCAGAUAUGAGAG